AUGGCCACACAAGUCAUGCAAAUCCAAGCGGUAUGUCUUAAUUGUGGUGGUCCUCGCCCAUUUGAGCAAUGCAUGGUAGUUGAGAUGAACAACUCCAUUCCCAUGGAACAGGUGAAUAUGAUGGGAAAUUUCCAUAGGCAAGCUAAUAAUCCAUUCUCCAACCCAUUCAAUCAAGGGUGGAGAAAUCAGCCUAAUUUUGCAUGGAGAAAUAAUCAGGGUCCUCGACAAAUUCAACAGCCUAUGCUUCAAGCUCCACCUCAGGCACCGUUACGACCACCGGUACUACAUGUUGGUCAAGAGAAGACAAAUGAGUUACAAGUUGCAUUGUUAACUCUGACCAACUCUCAAUCUCAAUUUAUGAUAGAUUCCCGCUCAUCCAUCAGGAAUCUUGAGAUGCAAGUUGGUCAGUUGGCAAAUAUGUUCCAAAGUAGGCCUCAAGGAAAUUUUCCAAGUAAUAUAGAGGUGAAUCUGAAAGAGCAGUGCAAUGCAAUCUCUUUGAGGAGUGGGAAGAAGUUAGAAGAGCCAGUCAAGAAGUCUAUACCUGCUCCAAAAGUUGAUGUUGAGAAUGAGGGUAAGGUAAAAGAAGAGGUUAUUGAAGACCUUGAGAAGAAGCAGUCACCAAUGAGUUAUGAGAACCACAUCAAGAUUCCAUAUGCUCAGCAACUUCAAAAGAAGACACUUGACAAGAAAUUUUUGAAGUUUCUAGAAAUUCUUCGAAAAUUUCACAUUAACAUACCUUUUGUCGAGGCACUUGAACAAAUGCCAAGCUAUGUGAAGUUUAAGAAGGAAAUCUUGUCAAAGAAAAAGAAGUUGGAGGAUUAUGAGACAGUGGAGCUUACUGAGGAGUGCAGCGCUAUUUUGCAGAAGAAACUACCUCCGAAACUUAAAGAUCCGGGUAGCUUCACGAUUCCUUGCUCAAUAGGAGAUACUGUUAUGACCAAGGCCUUGUGUGAUUUAGGGGCUAGUGUAAAUUUGAUGCCCUUAUUCGGAAACUGA